UUGGCGGGAAGUCCCCACAAAUCUCCCACAAAUCCCUCGCUCUCCCCCGCUCCGUCCACCGUCCAACGAACUCAGCCACGAGCAGCACCACCGCCACGCCACCGCCGAUGUACUCUCCGCCGCAUGCCGCGGACUCCGACUCCGGCGGCUCCCUCCUCUCCGACGUCUCCGCCUCCCCGCCUCGCCGCCGCUCGCCACCUCCCCCGCCGCCACCCAAACCCCGCCCCAACCCCAAGCCCACCGCCACCGCGAAAUCCAAACCCAAGCCCAAGUCCAAGCCCGUAGCCUCCGCUUCCACCGCCGCCGCACCGCCGCCUCUCCUCCCAGCAGCCGCGCUCUCCGACCCGCAUGGCCUCACAGCUCGCAUCGCCGCCGCCACCAGCACCGUCUCCUCCUCCUCCUCCUCCUUCCGCCGCCUCGUCCAGUCGCGCAACCUCUCAUUCGACCCCGCCCCCGCUCCCACGCCCGCCGAGAUACCAACCGAAGUGGCAGCGCAGUUCCCGGCCUCGGACGCGCCGCCGCAGGCCAGGCCCAAGCGGGUGCAUCCCAACUCGGUGUCGGAGGUGCCCCCCGCGGCGGCGGAGGCCGAGCAGCCGAAGCGGCCGAAAGGGGCCGGCAGCGAGGGCAACUUCGUCCGUCUCAACAUCAACGGGUACGGCCGGAGGAGGACGUUCAGGAACGCGCAGGCGAGGCGCCCGACGAAAUACCGCUCCUGGCGACGGCAGCAGCGGGCCGGUGGUGCGAAGCCUCAGGGCUGCGGCAACGAGGAAGCGGAUUUCGUAGCGGAGGCGCUGGUGGGGCGGGAUAGGAAGGGGGCGGUUGGUGGGGAUGGUGUCCUCGAGGCCGUGGAAGCAGCGAGGGAGGACCCAUCCGAGCAGAAUCUCGAGAGCUUGCUCAAGAUAGCCUAUGGGUACGACUCUUUCCGCGAGGGGCAGCUUGAGGCAAUCCAGAAGGUUGUUGCAGGGGCGUCGACGAUGCUUGUGCUGCCUACUGGCGCGGGCAAGUCACUAUGCUAUCAGGUGCCUGCUAUGAUUUUGCCUGGGCUGACACUGGUGGUGAGCCCACUGCUCUCUUUGAUGGUGGAUCAACUUAGAAAGCUCCCUGCAUUUUUGCCAGGCGGCCUUCUUGCAAGUAGUCAGACAAGCGACGAGUUCCAUGAGACAUUACAAAGGUUGCGUGGAGGGGAAAUAAAGGUGCUUUUUGUUUCCCCUGAAAGAUUCUUGAAUGAAGAAUUUCUUCUCAUAUUUAUGGAUGCUCUACCAAUAUCUCUUGUUGCGAUUGAUGAAGCUCACUGCAUUUCUGAAUGGUCUCAUAAUUUUAGACCUUCGUAUCUAAGGCUCCGUGCAUCACUACUUCGGAGAAAGCUUAAUGUUCAAUGCAUUCUUGCAAUGACUGCGACUGCGACAACUCAAACCUUGGAGGAGAUAGUGAAUGCCUUAGAAAUACCAUCUGAUAAUCUCAUUAAAACAUCUCAAAUAAGGGACAAUCUACAGCUGUCUGUUAGCAUGAGCGAUAACAGACUGAAGGAUUUGAUGUUGUUGUUGAAGUCUUCCCCUUUUGUUAACAUGAAAAGUAUAAUUGUCUAUUGCAAGUUUCAGGGAGAAACUGACUAUGUUAGUAAGUACUUAUGUGACAACAACAUUAGCGCGAAGAGCUACCACAGUGGACUUCCUAUGAAGAAUAGGAGCCGUGUACAGGACCUUUUUUGCUCUAAUAAAAUAAGAGUGGUUGUUGCAACAGUGGCAUUUGGCAUGGGUCUUGAUAAGAGCGAUGUUGAAGGGGUGAUUCACUAUAGCAUGCCAGAAAGCUUAGAAGAAUACAUACAGGAAACUGGUCGUGCUGGGAGGGAUGGGCGGUUGUCACAUUGUCAUCUACUUCUUGAUUCAACAACAUUCUAUAAGAUCCGUAGUCUUGCACACAGUGACGGUGUUGAUGAAUAUGCGAUGAGCAAAUUUCUGUACCAGGUAUUUUCCUGUGACAAUUCAAUGGGGUGCAUUUGUUCCUUGGUUAAAGAGUCGACUUCACGCAAGUUCGAUAUAAAAGAAGAGGUGCUUUUGACAGUCCUAACACAGCUGGAAAUCGGUGAUCAGCAAUAUAUCCGUUUACUUCCUCAGUUCAGUGUCACCUGCACACUGUAUUUUCACAAGACGUCACCACAACAGCUUGCAGACAAGGAUAUACUAGUUAGAUCAGUUCUUAAUAAAUCAGAGACUAAGGAUGGCAAUUUUGUCUUCAACAUGGCAAGAAUAGCCAAUGAUCUGAAGAUCACUGUGAAUGAACUGUUCGAUCAUUUGCAACAGCUAAAGUUCUCUGGAGAAAUUUCAUUUGAAUUAAAAGAUCCAGCCUACUGUUAUGUGAUCUUAAAGAAGCCAGAUGACUUCAACACACUUGGAGCAAAUGUCACAAAAUGGCUUUCUGAAGUAGAAAGCUCAAAGAUCAAGAAAUUGGACGCUAUGUUUGCUCUUGCAAACUUUGCUGUCAAAGGGUGCCAAAGGACUGGUGGCUGUUCUGGUUCCCAGCACACUCCGUGCAUUCAAAACAAGAUUGUGGAGUACUUCAGUAAGAACGACGCCACAUCAGACAAUGAUCACUGUACUCAGCUGCAAAAGAGCAGCCCAUUCUUGCAAGCCGAUAUAAAGGUGUUCCUUCAAAGCAAUUCAUUUGCAAAGUUCACCCCGAGGGCUGUCGCGAGGAUUAUGCAUGGCUUAUCGAGCCCAGCUUUUCCAUCCGCCACUUGGUCCAAAAACCAUUUCUGGGGGCGCUAUGUGGAGGUUGAUUUCCCGUUGGUCAUGGAAGCUGCCAAAGCUGAACUAGUUAAACUUGUCGGAAAAGGAGAGUAGUCGGCAAUCACAAGUGAACCAUUGCCUUCGCUGGCUACCUGUGAUGUAAGACUCAAAUGCUUUGCAGGCUGCAACCAACGAAACUCAAAGACUGAUAGACAGCUAACACAGGCACUUGGACGUGUUGGUAAGCAUCCUCCUGGAAAUGAAACACCAGCCAGGUCAGGUCAGGUAUGUUCGGUGGAGUAGUGGUAUUAUUCGAGCAAUGCUGUCAAUCAAGCUGGUUACAUGGGAGUAUGGGACUUGUGCCGUAUAAGGUACUGUUUCAUCGAAGGUGAUGAGUGAAGAAAGAUACCCCUCAUGAACCUUAGGGCCGUAGAAAUUAUUAUUUCAGGAAGAAAAAGAAAAACGAUGGUAGUAGUGUCCAGGACGCAAAAGAUGGAGAACCAUACCUGUAAAGAAAUCAUUGGCUGACGCGGUGAUAACCGCUUGAUUCUAAAAUUCUGUUGUUUGAACACGAGGGGAGAUUGAAAGUUGUGGUUUGCGUAUGAACUGGAUUUUUUUUGCAUUUUCCGUUCUUCGUCCAUUCUACGUUACUUGGGUUGCUUUUUCACGGUCAGGUUACAUGUUUGGGCAUUUCGGGGAAGACACCCGGUCCAAAGAUUGUUGGCGGAUCUUGCAGUUUCUGCUCGCUA